ACCUGUCUGAAGAUGACAUCCUGGAUCAGGUAAACCCCUUCGUGCAGUUGAUCAGUGGGGUGGUGUGGCUGCUGAGAAACAGUGAGAUCUACAUCAAUGAGAGCAUCCAGGCAGAAUGUGACGAAACACAGAAGACCGGAAAAUUCCAGUACUUUGUGGACGUGAUAUCUGCCCGUACGGCAGUGGGUCACGAUGCAGAGGGGAAACUCAUCCUCUUCCAUGUCGACGGUCAGACGGGUGUAAGAGGAAUGAACCUCUGGCAAGUGGCAAAGUUUCUGAAGGAACAGAAUGUCUUUAACGCUAUUAAUCUGGAUGGAGGCGGCUCGGCCACUUAUAACCUCAACGGAUCCCUGGCCAGUUACCCUUCAGACCACUGCAAACUUCCGAAGUGGCGCUGCCCACGGGCAGUAUCCACUGUGCUGUGUGUUCACGAGAGGCUGUGCCAGCCGGAGGACUGCGGCGGACAUGGACACUGCGUGGAGGGCCAGUGUGUGUGCCAGCGGGGCUGGAGCGGCCCAGGAUGUGCCAAACUCACUUGCCAGGCUGAAUGUGGAGACCAUGGAAUCUGCACUGAGAAUGGAUGUGUGUGUGAUGCUGGAUGGAUGGGUUUAAAUUGUAGCCAAGUAUGUGCAGCAGGUUUCUAUGGCGAUGGCUGUAACCAAACAUGCGUGUGCGCAAAUGGAGGCUCAUGUGAUCCUGUUCACGGACGGUGCACCUGUCCUGCUGGUCUUCAUGGAGAUUCCUGUGAGCAAGAGUGCCCUCUUGGAUUCUACGGGCUGAACUGCAAGCAGCCGUGCCAAUGCCACGACAUGUGCCCAUGCAACGCUGUCACAGGAAGCUGCAACACCACAUACCAAGGAGAGAGAAACAUCAGCCUGCACAGAGCCGGUCACUGCCUGGCUGCCCAGAUGUUGAGGGAAUGGAGACAAGAGGAGGAAGCUAAUGCUCCCAGACCCUAUUUAUCUGAACAAAGCUGGCUGGUUGUCUGCGCUAUCCUGGCAACGUCGCUGCUGGCCAGCCUCGCCAGUAACUUUAUCCAUACGUGUAGAAAAUCCAAAGCGCGCGGGCAGAGGGCGGACUACUCCUACUUGCCGCUGGGAGAGAUCAACGGGUCCGUGGAGCGAAGCAGAGGACAGGGGACAAAGUCUGGGAAAGUUCUUUUUCGGGAAGAAGACUCUGACACACAAGACUCCUCAUAAUGUGACCAUGUUUCAAAAUGUAUGCAUCCGGCAGAGAGUGGAGAGAAACUAGCUAGCUAACUAGCCAGCUAGAUUUGGAAAGGGUUUGUUUGUUCCUGUGAAUCGAUGAGGGCCUCUUCGUCUUUUU